AUGGCAGCAUCCACAAUUCCCAGCCAUGUUCCCAUGGGGCUGUGUCUCCUGAUGAUCGCUGGCUUUUCAGAAGGUGGGAAGCUGGUGGUUCUUCCCAUGGAUGGAAGCCACUGGCUCAGCAUGCGUCAAGUAGUGGAAAACCUCAGUCAGAGAGGACAUGAAGUGGUGGUUGUUAUACCUCAAGUAAGUUGGCAGUUGGGAAUAACAGAGAACUAUACAGUGAAAACAUAUCCAGUAACUUAUACAAAGGAAGAUCUAGAUGUAAACUUACAGACAUAUAUUGAUGUUCACCUAGCGGGACAACCAUUUCCAUUUAAUGUUCUAUCAAUAUAUAAUUCUUCAGUAGCAGUUUUCAGUCUGCUAUUCAGUCACUGUAAGAGUUUAUUUAACCACAAGGAACUGAUGCAAUAUCUGAAACAAAGUGACUUUGAUGCUGUCCUCACAGAUCCCAUUUCUCUUUGUGGAGCACUAAUUGCUAAUUAUUUUUCACUCCCAUCUGUGUUCUUCAUGCGAGGAUUACCAUGCAAUUUACAUUACAAAGCAAAUCGAUGUCCAGAUCCUCUCUCUUACGUCCCAAGAAUUUUUACAAUGAACUCAGACUACAUGACAUUUUCCCAACGAUUGAAAAAUGUUUUAAUUGACUCUGUAGAAUUCUUCUAUUGCAAUGGUUUCUAUGCACAGGGUCUAAGCUUUGCCUCUGAGGUUCUGCAAAGAGAUGUGACACUGUUGGACCUUCUGAGUUCUACAUCCAUUUGGCUGAUGAGAUAUGACUUUGUGUUUGAGUAUCCCAGACCAGUGAUGCCCAACAUGGUCUUUAUUGGAGGCAUAAACUGCGGUGAGAGAAAAGCUCUGCAUGAGUUUGAGAUCCACUAUGACCCCUAG